GCCGCCAAAGCAAAAGGUGAAUUUGAAGGAAAGGCGAAUUUGUAGCUGGAAGAUUGUAUGAUUGAUAAGAACCAUUCACUAUGGAAGAUGAAUGAGGGAAGCAAUCAUUAUCAUUGUAUUACAAGUCAUUGCGAGUUUUGCUUUUGAUACUUUGAUUAAUUGGAAAUAUUUUAUUGCAAGGUUGAAUCAAAAAUAUUCCAUCCAUAUUACUUGUCCACUGCCAUUACCCUUUCCACGACGGCUACUUCACAAAGAAACUAAACAAAAACAAGAAACAAACGAGCAGGUGGGUAUCAAAAGCGAGGGUAUAAUCAAUGCACACAGACAAAGUCGAACAACCUUCAACUCUCCUCUUCGUCCCACCUGUUGGUGAACUUAAUUGUCCGUCUUCGAUCAAUUCAUCCUUCAGCGCAUUACGUCCUUCUCAGUAAUUAAAAGCCGAGA